UAGACGGAUGCAGGUAGCCUUCCUCCCUACACACGCAGCAUCACCACGCAUCCUUACUCCACAGUGCAGUCCCUCUUAUUUUCCUCCCCAUCACCACACACAUGAGAAAUCGCUCUUGGUGGGGGGGGGGCCCUGCUGCCUAUUGAUCUCUAAACAUCUGGAACACCUCAUAUUUGUUUCACGAGGCAAGAGGCGAGCAGUCUGUGGCCGCGACAGAGGGGAGUGAGACAGCAGCAACAGCACCAGAACGGACCACUUGACACCUUGCUUCACGGCAUCGAUAUGCAGUAGUGUGAUACCAGCUCUGCGGAGACGAGAAGGCCAGUCCAUGGCAUCUUGAUAUUAAAAAACCGAGGGCUCUGCGCAUUCCUCACCGACAGUCUUUUUUUUUCUUUUUCUUUUUUUUUUUUUUCCUGCGGAGUCGAAAGGAUUAAGUUGGUCAGAUAAAGGCGGCGAGGAGGCAAAUCUUAACAAUAAUUCAAUUUGACCAAGAUUCUGUGUGUGGGGGAUUCGUGGGAUAUCAUUGGACCUGCGAUGGACUCCAGCGCGGGGGAAUAUGGCAUGGCUCGUUUUGGAUUGUUUUUGCUUUUGAUGGGGCUGUGGAGAUUUAGCGAUGCUUGCCCCGAAUCCUGCUCUUGCAGCACCUCAAGGAUUGUUUGUAUUGAUUCCGUACCGGGGAUCGAGGAUUUCCCUGUCCUCGCGUUAGAUGACAUGGAAAACAUCACGGAGAUAUACAUUGCCAAUCAAAACCAAUUGCUUGACAUCAACGACAGCAGUUUGAGGCACUACAUAAACCUCAGAAACCUAACGGUGAUGAGGACGAGACUGACGUCAAUAUCAUCAGACGCCUUUUUUAACAAUACAAAACUUCAAUAUGUGAAUCUCAGAGACAAUAAUCUGUCAACGCUGUCAUGGAGAACGUUUCAGAACUAUAAUAGUUCAUAUCCUCUCAUCCUGUCUGGAAACCCCCUGGAUUGUGUUUGUGAGAACUUGUGGAUCAAAUUGAGGCUACUAGAGGAAAUAGACAGUCCAGAGCUGAAUUGCACAGAUGGAAGAGGAAGGGCCAGGGACUUUAUUACGCUCACUCCACCAGAUUGUGUGGCUCCCAAAGUAGAGGUCACUCCCAAGAACGUGACCGUGAUGCGGGGGAAAAACGUCAAAGCUGUUUGCAAUGCCUCCGGCUCCCCGCCUCCUGAGAUCGUGUGGAACCUCGAUCUCCUCAUGACCCACUACGAGAUGGAGACGGAGAGCACCAUCACCUUGGUCAGCCUGUCUCCGGACGAUAAUGGGAAGGUGAUUGUAUGCAGCGCCGAGAACAUGGUCGGUCAGACUGAGGCCACCCUUCAGCUCAAUAUUCUUUUUUCCCCCACCAUCCAGCAGCUGCUGCCUCCAGAGAGGGACCACCACUGGUGCAUCCCCUUCACGGUGACAGGGAACCCCAAGCCCAAGCUGAAGUGGUACCACAACGACGUGCUUCUGCCGGAGCAGGACUUCAUCCGCACCAUGAUCCACGAGUCCACCGAAAACGAGGACCACGGCUGCCUACAGUUGUCCAACCCCACGCACAUCCACAACGGCGAGUACAAGCUGGUGGCGAGCAAUGAGUACGGCGAGGAUAAGAAGAAGGUGUCCGCCCAGUUCAUCGACCCACCGAACAUCAGCCAUACAGAAGAUCCAGAUUACUAUACCGACACGCCGUUCCCUCCGCUGGUUGCAGUGAGCGAUCCUAAUCAGUCGAUCCCAUCUGAAGCAGAGGUGUAUGUUGUAGUGGGAAUCGCUGGAGUGGCCUUGACUGGCUGCGUUCUGAUGGUGAUCAUUCUGAAAUACGGAAGAAACUCCAAGUUUGGAAUUAAAGGCUCCUCCUCAGUCAUCAGUAACGACGAUGACUCCGCCAGUCCCCUUCAUCACGUCUCCAACGGCAACAAUACCCCGUCGUCCUCGGAGAUGGGUCCAGACGCGGUGAUCAUCGGGAUGACAAAGAUUCCCGUCAUCGAGAACCCGCAGUACUUCCGCAACUCGGGCAGCAUGCUGAAAUCCGACACGUUUGUCCAGCACAUCAAGAGACACAACAUCGUACUGAAGCGGGAGCUGGGAGAAGGAGCCUUCGGGAAGGUCUUCCUGGCCGAGUGCUACAACCUGACACCGGACCAGGAGAAGCUCCACGUGGCAGUGAAGGUACGGAUCAGGAAGCCGCUCGCUCGAACAAUCAAUGCGCGUAUUGAUCAGGUGUACGUUUUCUCUGAGAUAAUGUUUCUCACGGUGCGCCUCUCGCCCUCGCCGCCCGUCCAGACUCUGAAGGAGGCCAGCGAGAGCGGCCGGGCGGACUUCUACCGGGAGGCCGAGCUCCUCACCAACCUGCAGCACGAACACAUCGUCACCUUCUACGGGGUGUGCGUGGAGAGCGACCCGCUCAUCAUGGUGUUUGAAUACAUGAAGCACGGCGACCUGAACAAGUUCCUCAGGUCCCACGGUCCUGAUGCGGUGCUCAUGGCGGACGGUCAGCACAGUAUCCUGGUGGAGCUCACCCAGUCCCAGAUGCUGCACAUUGCCCAACAGAUUGCUGCUGGCAUGGUCUACCUGGCCUCCCAGCACUUUGUCCACAGAGACUUGGCAACAAGGAACUGCCUGGUAGGAGAAAACCUGCUGGUCAAGAUAGGAGACUUUGGCAUGUCCAGAGAUGUUUACAGCACAGACUACUACAGAGUGGGCGGCCACACGAUGCUGCCGAUCCGCUGGAUGCCCCCGGAGAGCAUCAUGUACCGGCGGUUCACCACAGAGAGUGACGUGUGGAGCCUCGGCGUGGUGCUGUGGGAGAUCUUCACCUACGGCAAGCAGCCCUGGUACCAGCUCUCCAACAAUGAGGUGAUCGAGUGCAUCACGCAGGGCCGGGUGCUGCAGAGGCCCCGUACCUGCCCCAAAGAGGUGUACGACCUGAUGCUGGGCUGCUGGCAGAGGGAGCCCUACAUGCGUCUGAACAUCAAGGAGAUCCACGGCAUGCUCCAGAGCCUGGCCAAGGCCUCGCCCGUGUACCUGGACAUACUGGGCUGAUGCGCCGCCGUCCGCGUAGUAUGUACUUUUUUUUGCGUGCAUGUGUGCUUCGUGCGUGGAUAAAGUGUUUCGUGUGUUCUGCUGCGGAGGCGGAGGCGGAGGAAGGAAGGAAGGAUGCGUGACUGUGUACAGAACCCGGCUGUAAAUGGUGUAAAUGUCCGUGUCCCCAUUCGCAAAUCGAGAAAAGCCUUAAAAUUUCAGUGGUUUUAUUUUCCCCGAAUCAGUUCCCGGCAGCGAGGCAUGUUUUCACCAACGGAAAAAAACAAAACACAUACAGGAAAUUAACGUAACUUUUAACGCCAUUAACACCAGUAUACGCAAGGCUGCUGUGUCGAAAAAGAAGAAGAACCCGAACAGGUAGACAGCUCGUUAUGUUUACGUCAAACCGCCCGUCCUCGCGUGCUCCACGUGUGCUGGAAAAGAACAAAGGGAAAAUAAUGUGUCUCUCUGUGAUGGAUGGCGUAAGGACACGUCUUUGUAGAUAGAGCUCUUUCAAGAUAAAAAAUCACUCUACGGCUGAAGCUUUUUCUUUUGUACGUCUCAGACUAUUUUAAUAUUUGUAGAACUCAGAAGUGUUGAACACGAGAAGCCCCUUUAGAUUCCUACAGAUGCCUGCGUUGUGCGACGUGCGGUCCGAGGAGGGGGUUAGCCGGCUUAAAAAUCGAGCUGCAAAGCGUAAGGGCGUAGCAUAAAGCAUUUUGUCGUUUCAUUUUAUUAUUUCUCUGUAAAUAUCUCCUCACGUUUUACUCAAAGCGUUUGAAUUUCUGCUCACUUCUUAAGUCUCCAUGUCGUUAAUUUGGUAAACAAAGCACAGAGGACGAGGACUUCUUCGUAGAGCAGGUCGUUUUUUUUUUGUUGUUGUUUUUUUUUGUUUAGUUAUCAUUUAUUCACCAGCAAUGCCAUUUAGCAAACUGUUGGGCGGCCCGUAUCUGCAAGUGACGUGUCUCCGGGGGAGAGUUCUCAGAUAUCGUCGGGGGCACUUUGUAGGAGAAAAAUUAUUUAUUUAUUUAAAUUCUUUUUUAAAGCAACUACCUGUUUAUUUGCAUCACAAGUGAAGCACUUUGAAAGGCUGAUCUUUAAUUCUACGUAGCGGGCUGUUGCUGCGAGGCUGCGGUGAAAAGGAUUAAUUAAGAGUCUGAUUGCCCUUAAAGUGUCCCGAUAGGGGGGGAGGACGAAGGGGGAGGAGGGGGGGGGGGCAUCCUCCGUCUACACCUCGGCUGCACCUUAUCAUGAGAAAAAAAAAAAGGAAAAAAAAGAAACACAACAUCACAUCCUUAACCGAAGUCCCUGAGAAGUGAAAAGGUUCCCUCUCUGUUUUUUCUUACUGUAUGAUACUCACUGACUCGUCUGCUGUACAUAAACCGCUGUCCAUUCUGUACAGUUCUGAUAUUUGUCUAUAUGAAUAGUAGGCUAUGUUUAAUAGUAUAAUCCGUUUUAAGCAGGUUAUCAUGUCAAAACUGUGCAACAUCUAUUGAAGACAACGUGUUAUGGGGCCACUGGCAAUACAUACAUACUACGUGUAAAUACGAUUUUAUUUGUGCUACAUUGUAUAAUUCCUUUGUGCUCGUUCAUAAUACCAGUGAGAAUACAAUCCUCUUUUAUUAUUAUUAUUAUUAUUAUUAUUUUGUUUUUUUGGGGUUUUUUUUGGGUGGGGGUGGGGGGGCAACUUUUGAUCUGCUUUUGAGGACUUUUUCUCAAACAAAAAAGUAAAAAAAAAAGAUCUCCUCUUUCCUCUCCACUGUGAUGGGGAGCUCGCACAGAGGCUGUCCGAGACGCCGCCUGUCUGCAAAAAUGGGGGUUGGUGUGUGGGGGGGUGAGGGUGGAGGUGGUGUGUGGAGGGGGGUUGGGGGUGGGGGGCACAGACUCUCCAAACAUCAGGAUCUCUCUCAAGCCGACAGGUGAACAGGUGAACGCCCCCGGCAGACGCGUGGGCCGGCCGGCCGGCGGGUGGCGCGGAGGUCGAAGGUCGCCUCCUGUCCCUCCCCCUGUCCCCCCUCCCCCUCCCCCCGACCCCCCCCGACCCCGCCACUCGACCUCUGACUGACUGUAGCCUAUUUUGAUCCUCUUUCAGAUGAAUAACUGUGACUUUGCAUCAUGAAUAGUAUAUUAUUUUGAAUGUAAUCUAGAGGGGGUGGGGGACCUUUUUUGAAUGUAAUCUAUCUCGGGUGGGAGGGGGACGAUGAGUUUUUUUGUAAAUAUCUGGCAAAAGAAGAAAAAAAAAAAAAGACGACGGUUUUCAUUCCUGUGCAGAUAACAGAUUUUACUUACUGUGUGAAUACAAAGGGAAUGUGUGCGUGUGUGUUUGUGCACAUUUGCACAUACAUUUGAAUGCAAGAGUGUGUGUCUGUAUGUGUGUGUGUGUGUGUGCGUGUGCUCUCCUGGCAGAUUUAAUCCUGCUUUAAUCAGCCAGUUCUAUCAAUCAAUUCAAUGCUUUGUGCAUCAUGUGAGUAGCUUAUCCACAAUUAAUGGAAAUGUUCCUUGUGAUACUGUGCAUUUAAUAAAAGUGGUAUGUCUUACAAUA